AUGGACAUGCUACGCAAAAUCUGCGACCAUCCCAACCUCAACACGAAUUCCAAACUCGCAAACUUGAUGGCCCUAGGCAUUUGCCGACGAGUUACCGCCAAACUUCUACCCGGCAGGCUCUACUUGUGGGAACUGAAGGAACUCCUGCUUGAGAGAGGGAUCAUUGUCGAUGAGCCCAAAGCUCUGCGAUGGUGGCGGACCAAGAACAUCGAGAAACGCAAGAUAGGCCACAGUCAUUUAGGCAAAUCUUUGGUUCUCAUAGGCCCUCCGGAUACUGGCGCAGAGAUGUGGGUACAAUCACUCGGGGGUAAAAAUAUCUACGAGAUGAAAUGUUUUCGCAGAGAAGAGCUGGGGGAUCACGGAUGCUACGAGAAGAUGGCAGAAGAUGCCAAGUAUUUUGUCUUCGAGGAGCCAGCCAGCACUGAUCAUCUCGUCUACAUCAAUAUGCGCUGGUUAUGCGUGCAGUUUGAUUAUGCAGCUGAGACCAAUUCUGAGUAUUGUGGUCUAGAGAAAUGCCCUGCUAUCUUUCUGACGAGUUAUGACCCCCGAGACGGCAAUAAAGACCGACGAGACAUACUUGACCACAUGUUCGAUUUUAUCCGCAUACCGGAGAAAAUUUAUAGGUAUGACGACAAGCUGGCCGCGCAACAGGAAAAAGAGCAGGAGCAGAAGAAAGAGCGAGAGCAGAAGAAAAAACAGGAGAGUCAUGAAGACUAG